AUGACAUCAGGUAAUGCCAGAGGAUUCGCAGGCCUUCAAACCCCCCAGACAUCGUGCUUUGGACGACCGCUCCUUACCAAGGACGCGCUUCGAAACGUGCAACAGCAGCUCAGCAGUCCGCUCCGGGAAGGAGACAAGAUUCGGAUAAUUGGGUAUGAUGGGGUCAAAGUGAAAUGGGAACCGUUGGGAAAAGCAGACAUGCUCCCAGAUGAGGAAGGCUUGGAGUAUUAUGUUGUGAGUCUCCUCGAGAGAGAUGCGGGUGGCACCGCAGAGCAUAAGCUUCCGUGUUAUAUCCAGGACCCAGCGUACAACGAAAUUGAUAAAGAAGCCCUUACUGAGCACGGAAUGCAGGUCGUGAACGAUCCUCAAGGGUAUCUGGAAGUCGACGAAUCAUCAGUUGUCUUCAGUUGUGCGUCCAACGUGGCUGUGAAGGAGAUUAUCACCGAACUUGCCAGACCAGCAAUUAUCAUCUGGGUGAAGGUGGAAGAGAGUGAUAUCGAGACUGGAGACGAACCGGAAGAUGACUUUUACGCAUCCACCGACCCGGUGACUCCCAGAGUGUUUGACAUGCUGAGGAACUGCUACAACACCUACGCCUUUUUACCCGAUACGAACUUUUGCGAGAUGGCAGUCUAUGUUCGGAAAUAGCGUGAUCCUCUCCUAACACCCUUGACCUCAGCAUUAUAAGUCACUAUAGCACUCAUCUCUCAAUAGCCACUUUCAUCCAGUCCAAACCUACAAAAAUAGAUCAAACCGGCUCCAUCAUCCCCCUCACCAUCCCCAGCUUCUCCUCCCCCAAAACACCCGCCCCAACCAACCUCUCCAACACCCUAACCACCCACCCCUGACAAUUCUCCCUC